CAAGUUCUCAUUAUCUCUCAAUCUACAAUAAACUAUAAAUCCUCUCACAAACCCUCCACAAAAAUGGCUCUCUCCAAGCUUGUAAUGGCUACCCUUUUCCUCUCACUUCUCUUCCUUCAGUUCGCUCAUGCUGAUAAUUACUCCACUCAAUCAAUCGAUUGUGGAGACGCUCAGCUAUCCAGCAGGCCGAACCUAUGCCACAGGGCUUGUGGGACCUGUUGCCGCCGAUGCAGCUGCGUCCCUACCGGAACCGCCGGCAACUACAACGAGUGCCCUUGCUAUGCGACCUUGACCACUCAUGGCGGCCGUCGCAAGUGCCCUUAAUUGUAAUCUAUUAAUUCACGAUUGCCUUUAAACUCUCAAGUAAAAAAAGUUUGAACGU